AUGGAACGACCGGGGCUUCCAGUAUGCAUCAUUACAGGUUUCCUGGGUGCUGGCAAGACCACCUUGCUAAAUCAUAUUCUUAACCAACAAGGUGCUCGUGUGGCAGUCUUCGUGAAUGAGUUUGGCAGUGUGGACAUUGACGGUGACCUCAUUCGUUGGCAGGGCAAGAUUGAUGAAGCAAGGGUUGUCACCUUGGACAAUGGCUGCAUGUGCUGCGAAGUGAAUGCCGACCUCCAACGACAGCUACGGAAGAUCCUGGAGGCUCAGAAGAAGGCCCCUGAAAAGUUGGACUUGUUGGUCAUUGAGACCAGUGGUUUAUGUGAUCCGGCACCUGUCCUGAGCACGCUAGAACAAUUGGAUGAUUUGGCAGUUUCCUUACACUUGGAUACUGUGCACCUCUCAGAGUGA